CGCACUUCCGCUUGUUUUGGUAACAAAUGUCAACAAUCUCGACACUUUGGUUUAUUUUUUUAGAUUCGAGGAGCAGACAUGUCUGACCUGUUUCGCUGUGCGGGGGACAUAAUCUUCGAUGACUUCCAACCCCUACCUGGUCAAAUCAGCAAUGUUCAGCUGAAAAAGUUUGCUGAGACCAGCAAUUUUCUCCAACUUACAGUACCUCUCACACCACAGCAGCCUUACUUCUGUGCAAAAAUUCAAGCUCUUGGUCAAAACAGCAAGGUCACUUUUGGCAUUGCUGGCCCAGAUAUCGAUUCAGAAAGCCACCCAGGUCAAUGGAACCAUACAGUCGGGUACAACAUCAACACAGGGCGAUGUUUCUCUUCUCAUCUCAACUAUGCAAACACCAAAGGACAAAAAUGUGUCAUGGGUGAUGAAUUUGGAGUUCUGGUGACCCACUUUGGUGAUGAAAUGUCCACAGUGACUUUCCUUAAAAAUAGAAUACCAGUCGCAACAAGGUAUAUAUUUGAGAAGGACCAUUGUAAAUUUCUGCCCACAAUAUGCCUCGAAAAUGGACCAGUUGAUCUGGCUGUGUCCUGGCCUAUGGCUGUUCUCAACAUUCCUGAAUUUACUGAGACAAACAUGUUGAACUGGAUCAAGGAUUCCGGGGCAGAAUAUGAUGCCCUUGAUAACGUGUUCCACUACGAUAAAACCCUACCAGAGGUUAUACUGCAGAGCCCUACCCCCCUACGGCAAGACCUUGUCCACUAUGAAGUUGUCCUACGGGAGGCUAUGGAAGGGGAGAGUCCAGCUGUUGGCAUAGCAACAUGCAGCCCCCUAUGGCCGACACCCACCAGUGUUCUACUGCGAGACUUCUUCAAAUGGAAGGCUGAUGGUGUUGAGUUGAAAUCCUUCGAGGGCCAGCGCAUUGGUUUCGGUAUCCACUACAAUCCUGAUGAAAUUAACAAGUCAGACUUUGAUGACAAGAAACAGCAGCUGGUUCUGUGUUUCGUUACCAUGGAUAUGCAGAUUAUAUUCUUCCGAAUGAUGCUGCAACCAUCUGGCGGGUUUUAUCCCCUUAUUGUGCUUACUAGAGGGGCUUCCAAGGUAGAGAUCGAUGUACAGCUAAAUCGUGAUCUGGGUCUUCCCGAGACAAAGGAGCUAUUGGACGGGAUUUUUCGUGAGAAGGCAACAGCGGCACUCGCUGUUUUAGAAGCUGAUGCCAGAACAAGGGAGUUGAAUACAUCGAUGUUCCAUAAGUCAGCAGACAUCGAUGUUGAGAUUGAAGAUUCUCGAUGUAUUGUUGGACUUCAGGCAGACAAAAAACGAAUACAUGGAAUCCAGUUUACCAAGUCACUGAAUGAAGAGAGUCCAUUUUUUGCAAUAGAAAUAAUAAAACUCAAUGAGGAUUCAGUGAUUGGUAUAGGUAUCGGAACAUCACAGUUUAGUCUAAGCAAACACCCGGGUCGAUGUCCAAACUCCUGCGGCUACAUCUCGCGGGAUGGGAAAACAUACACCAACACAUUAAAUGCAGAUAACAGAAUGUUACCUGUGCCUUUUGCAGAAGGUGAUACUGUAGGAGUAGAAGUUCUCUUUGUGAAUCAUCGAUCAAGUCAGAAACAUCUUGUGGUGCUCUUCCACAAAAACGGCAGCCCUGUCGAUACUGUGUACAUGUCCGCAGAGAAUCUUCACGAGCUCUACCCUACUCUGUCCCUUAGCGGGAAUGGUUACGAGGUCAAACUAAACGUGUUCUGGCAGAAUCGCAUUGCUCAAGCACCUCCAUUACUUGUUAGCAAGCUGAGUCACUGGUGUCUUCCUAGUGACUCAAUGGUAGAUGAAGACAACAACAUUGUUACAGUACCCGAACACCAGUUUUCCUUCUUUAUACAGAGCCCAAAGCCCUUCAAUGAAUAUUUCAACCAUUAUGAAAUUAAUUGGCUGGACAAAAUACAGGAAGGUGCCAAGGUUAUAGCCCCAAUUGUUGCUUUGGCUGGGGCAUCAAAUUUCCCCAAAACACCAGAUAGUGCUUCACACUUACGCAUCGACGUUCUUCGCUUCACACCAGUUGCUGAACUGGCAUCCAGCAUGAAAGUCGGGGACAAACUGGGCUGGGGGAUGCUGAUUCCAGAGAGCCAGAGAGAUCUCAGUGAACGACUUGUUGUCUGCUACCUCACAGUAAACCGCAACAUUGCCCUCACUCGUGUUUUGUUUGAGCCUCCAGGCGGAUUUUUCCCAUGUGUAGUACUGCCACAAGGAGUGAACAAAGUCAAGCUUGAUUUCUCUGCUUUGAGAAUCACAGAACAUCCCCUUACAGACAGCUACAUUGAACAAGUGCUCAAUGAAGCUUAUGAGUUGUAUGACCAAGAACUUGAGUGUAUACGUGCUGGAAAAGACAUUGAUACACUGGGAAUAGACAACAGCUCAUUGUUCAAGCCAGUUCCUAGUGAAAUAGUGGAAAAUAGUAAAAAAUCAGAAUCAGAUCCAUCAAAGCCCAAAACAAAUGGAGGCGGGGAUGCAAUGUACCGGGCGGUGGUUCAGGCAAGAGCUGUCGACGGUGUCCAUAAAGCUGUAAAAACAUUUAAGCAAGGUCCCGAAGGUUCAAAAGCUUGUGCCAUUUUGUGAUGUUGGAAUUACAAUAUUUGCUUUAGAUAAACAGCACCUCAUUUAAAUAUAUGAUGAGUUUAUCAUUAUAAGCUUAGCUAAAUUACAAUUUGGAAAACAUUUCCUACAUGAAAAUUAUCAAUAAAAUUGAACCUUUUACCAAUCGCUAAGCAAUAAUUGAUAAAUGUGAACUUCUGCAAAUGGUUGUAAUGUAUAUUCCUUUAACAAUUCCGCUUGUACAAAGUUCAGAAUGUCCAAAGAUCUAAUCUGUGAUAUUUUGUUGUGUAAUAUAAUUAUGUGUUAAUUUAUUUUGAUAAAAAAAUCUAAUUUUAAUGAUUUUUUGUAAUCACACAUUUGUAUGAUAGUUAUGAUCAGCUGAAGUGUCAUUUCCUUUUCACAUUCUAUUUUAAUAUUGUGUUAACAUGCAUAAUGCUGUUUUAUGUCAUUAUGAUCUACUGAAAAGUAUCACUAGCAGAUCAAAGGAGGGAUGCAUCUUGCGUGCACCCCCCUAAAAUCAUCCAAGUUAACUUUUUAUUUCAACAUAGGAGAAAAAGUAAUAAGAUACAUCUCAAAUGAACAAUAUUUUAUCAGGAAUUGUUAGAAUGUUUUGGGAAAGUACCCUCAAAUCCCCGGCCAAAGACUUUAAACCAAAUAAAUUUCGAUUCUAAGGGAGGGGCGCAAGUCUAAAGGUAUGCCCCUAAGUUAUGCCCGUCUUAUAUCAAAUCCUGGAACCGCCCCUGCUAAUUCUUACAACAUUUUCUAUAGUAGGCAGUGAAAUAAUAACAAUUGUUAUAACUACAAUGUUUAACCUUCCAAUGAAAUCAUGGAAAAUUGUUAUCAUUAAUAUUGUUAUUAAUUGUACAUCAUAAUAUAAUGCAAAUGAUAAAAUAACAUGUUUGAAAUUAACUUGUGUACUAUAUAUACUAUUAUUUAUUUAAUGCUAAGAAAGAAAAUUACCAGUGUGUACUGUUAUGUUUUUGUCUACCUUUUUUUUUAGAAAACAAGUCCCAAACGCUAAUAGGAGUUUUCAAACUAAGAGUUAGAUCAAUAUUUUUUUGUUCACAUUGAUAUUAUUUAGUAUAACGGUUUGUAUUAAAUGGUAUACAUAUAUAUGUCAUUUAUAAAUGUUUGUAUGAAUGAACAUUUGGGCAAUAAAAAACAGAAACCAAAAAAAAAAGAAAAACUCAACAUUCUAGUGUUAUGAGCAUAAAAAACAUUUCAACAACUGAAGUACCUUUUUUCAAGAAAGCUACAGUAUGGUUUGAGAAAAAUAAAACAGAAACUAUUCUAGAGUUUUUUGUUCUUGUUUUUUAAAGAUGCCAUUUUUGUGAUUUCAACUGUUCUUUUGUGUCAUUCUAAUCAUUGCUCAAUUGCUUCUUCCAAGAUAUUUUUAAUGUCAAUUUUAUAGUAUGUAUGUAUUAAACAGUAUUACUUAUAGCAUUCAGAAACAUUUUCUCAUGACCUUCUAGUAAGCUAUUUUCAUUUUUCAUGAGCAACUUUAUAUUACACUCAGAUUUCAUUUGUUCAACUUAUUCAGCUUAAUAUGUGAUGUGAUUCCCUAAGAACAAAUGAAGAAGAUUGAAAAAAGCACAAAAGAAGAAGUUCAUGUAGUUUGUCUUUGCUGUGCAAGAUGGACAUUGUUUGUUUGUUCAUUUGUAGUAUAAGAAUGGUAGAACUUUAUUCAUUCAUUAAACAACUGACCAGAUUGUGUGUGUUUAUGAAUUUAGGAUGGCAUGCAAGCAAAUUCUAUGAAGCACCAUCAAUAAUAUUACAUACAUUGUGGUAGACGCAAUAAAUCAUCUCAAUGUCCCCACAUCAUGGCACAUAGAUGUUUAUUUUGCACACUUUAAACACAGUAUUUGCAUUGUAUAUUCCAAUUUCUCAAAGUCAAUUAAGUUAUCAUUAGAAGUGAACUUCAAGGGUUUAAAUUGGAUAUGUAUAGUUUGAUUGUAUAGAAAGUAUUCUGUAUGUUCGUAAUUACAUAGAAAAGUCAAUAUUUUAUGACAAUCAUAAAUUUUAACUGUCUCAACUUCAUAUGUAAGUAUUUUAGAAACCUUUUUUCUUGCAUCAUUUAUAUUCAUGUGUGGUGAAAGAAUCGAUUAUUUGGAUGUUGAGUAAUAGAAUGUUACUUAAGUUCAAAGGCCGUCUAAGGUCAUUUUAAAAACAAAAAUGGAUGAACAGUAGAGAUAUUGUUUAGGAUGUUUUUUUUUAUUUAUAUUGUGCAAUGCUAUACAGUAGUUUAAAAAAAUGUUGAACAAUCGGACUUCCGAUUUAUAUUAAUGUACACUGCAUUUCUGAGAUUAUAUUUCAUAAAUUUAUAAAUUCAUAAUUUUAUAAUGACAUAAAUUAUUUUAUGGUUAGUAAGAAACCUUUGCCAUGUAUACCUACCUGUUAUU